AUGAAAUACCAGUCCGAGAAGAAGGCCCCGGCUGAAGUUGAGAUGCUGCUCGCCAACCAGGUCGAACCAAUCGGAACGCACAAUCGAUGCGUCCGCUCGGUAACGAUAAAAGCAUUAGCCGGCGCCUCUCUUCUGGUUCUCUGUCUCUGUCUGACGGUUGUAUUCUUCGGGCACUCCUUGGGCGCCAGAUCGGCUAAUGCGGCUCUUGAGUGCGCAUCAAUCGAUGACCCAACCCACGUAUCCACCAACGCGGAUGAUACCACUCUACACGCUAACUGGCGAGUGACCAUCUUUGACGACCAAAGCUGCCGAAGCGGCUACAUGUGGAACAGAGCUAACUACGAUGUCAUUAAUUGCAUCCCUGUUCCCCCUUCAAUUCGCGGACUCCAAUAUCAACGACUGGAUUGGUACCCUGCAUCACCAAAGGAGGAAUUCAAAUUAUGCACCUAUUCUGCAGUAGGCUGUCCACAGAACCGGUUGAUUGCCGCCACAAAGAGACGUGUUAGUUGUGACACUGCUGGUUAUCAUGCGAAGUCUAUGAAGGUCGUGCGAUCGAGUCAGCAGUGCAAUUGA